AAAUAGCUCAAGAAAAACGGUACUAUGCCAAGAAAAACUCAACUAAUCCACCUUUAUAUACCCUGCCAUGCAGCCAAUGUUCUUCAGGCUGCAAAUAAACUCCAUACUCACAGGCAGAUUCGGCUUGAAGGUUUUCGAUAAUUUUUUCGAGCUUUUCUGUCGAUCUCUGCCUAACCCGGAAAUGGAAAUGAAGAAGGUUGCCUGUGCUAUCCUCUUCGCUGCCGCCUCCAUGAGUGCAGUGAUGGCUGAGGAGGCUAUUUCUCCUGCCCCAGAACCAACAAGUGCCGCCUUGGCUAACUUGCCGGUUGUUGGAUCUUUGUUCGGAGCCUCCCUUGCAUCAUUCAUUGCCCUCUACCUCCAAUAAAGAAAAAAAAAAAAAGAAAAAGAAAAAUCAAAGAGAGGGCGAAAGUUUAAGAGCUUCAAGAAAAAGAUGUUCUAGCUAGCUUUAUUUGGUUAGAAUUUCUUUUUUCUUUUAAAUUUUAUUUUAUUUUAUUCUUUUUUUUCACCUUGGAGAUAGUUUCUCUUCCUCUCAUGUUAAUCUUUUGCUAAAAUGGAAUGGAAUUAAAAAAACCUUAAUUGUUAUUGGGGUUA